AUGGCGGGUUUGAAGUCAGUUGUUUCUCUGAGCUCCAGGGCCACAUUGCUCUUCAUCAUGCUUGCUGUGCUAACCCGGGCGGUUCAGUCUCAGCCCCAGAACCAGGGUUGCUCUGCACAGCUAAGCAAUCUCAACGUGUGCGCACCAUUUGUGGUGCCCGGUGCCAACACCACACCUAGCCGAGAAUGCUGUGGUGCCCUCCAAGCAGUUGACAAUGACUGCAUUUGCAGCACACUCAGGAUUUCCGCUCGCCUCCCUUCUCAGUGCAACAUCCCUGCUGCCACUUGCAAUGGUUAA